UUCCUCCCUGCCCUAGCUCUCCCCCGUCUCUUCUCCUCCACACACCAACACGGCCGGCCGAGCGCAUCAUCAUUUGCCGCAGCGCACGCGUAUGAGCGAAGCGAGCGAGCCGGCGCGCAGAAGCAAACAAGCCGGGAGCUAGAGAGAGCUCACAGACCACACAGCGGGGUAGUGGUGGUGGGAGGAGGAAGAGAGGAGCCGCCAAGAGAGAGCGAGCUCUUUCCAUCAGAGAGAGAGAGAGAGAGAGAGAGAGAGAGAGAGAGAGAGAGAGAGAGAGAGAGAGAGAGAGAGAGAGCUCAUAGGUGCGUGCGCACGGCGACGUCGUCGUACGUAGGAUGUCGGCGUCGGCGUCGGGCGCCGCGUGCCGCGUGUGCGGUGGCGUCGGGGAGUGCGCAUGCCAUGGCCACGGGCACGGGAUCGGCGGCGCGCGGUGCGGCGGGGUCGCUGUUGCCGACCUCAACCGCGGGUUCCCCGGGAUGUGGCACCAGGCGGAGGAGGAGCCUGGCGUCGUCGUCGGCGGAGGCGCGGCGGCGGCAGCGGGGCUGCAGGAGUUCCAGUUCUUUGGCCACGACGAGGAUCACGAGAGCGUGACGUGGCUGUUCAACGACCCAGCGCCCCACCUGCACCGCGGCCCGGCGCCGGCCGCGGUCGGGAACGGGGUGGCCGACGCCGAGCAGCGGAGGGCGCCGCCGUUAUUCGACGGGUACGCGCACGCGCAGUACGGCCAGACGUUGCCGGGCCAUGGGCUCACGUUCGACGUGCCGCUGAGCCGGGGAGGUGAGGUGGCCGCCGCGGCGGUCCUGGAGGCCGGGCUGGGGCUCGGCGGCGGCGGCAGCAACCCGGCGACGUCCAGCGCCAAAAUCAUGUCCUUCUGCGGGAGCACGUUCACUGACGCGGCGAGCUCCGUUCCGGGCGAGGUCGUCGCGGCGGCGGCCAACGGGAGCUCCGGCGGCGGCGUCGUGGACCCGACGAUGGACCGGGAGGCGAAGGUGAUGCGGUACAAGGAGAAGCGGAAGCGGAGGCGCUACGAGAAGCAAAUCCGCUACGCCUCCCGCAAGGCCUACGCCGAGAUGCGGCCGCGCGUCAAGGGCCGAUUCGCCAAGGUGCCUGACGGCGAGGCCCCGGCGCCACCGGCGGCCGCCGCCGCCGCGGGCUAUGAGCCCGGCCGGCUCGAUCUCGGGUGGUUCCGUUCAUAGCGAGGAUGUACACGUAACGUACGUAUAUGCCGGCCGGCCGGAGCAAUUUAGCUAGCAUAGGCCGUUGAUGAUUAAUUUAAGGCACGUAGAUAAAUACGAACGGAAAUGUAUACGUGAUCGACGCAUGACUAGCCACGGACCUGAAGAAGAAGAAUAUAUGUAUACACGCGCCUAAGAGAGCAAGCAUGGGUGUGUCAUUUCUCUCGUGUCGAUUAACCGGUAAGAGAGGAAGCAUGCAUGGGCGUACGGAUACAAUGCAAGCGGUAGUCAAUGUAGAGUAUUGGAUAUAUGUCACGUAACCUUCCAUCUA